GGUGAUUCCUCCAUAUUCCUCCCAUGUGCUUGGGCCAUGAACAUUGUGCCUUUGUGGCCUCGUGUGGUGGGGGCGCUUGCUUUGCUGGUGCGAGCGUUGGGCCAGGACGCCGAAUGCUUUGCGGACGGCAAAGCACUUGACGCUGAGGCGCUCUCAGCUUUUACCUGGAACCAACUGGCUGCGAACAAAUCGGUGGAGUUCUACAGGUGUCUACACGAUGCAACCUCUUUGCAUACGAUGCUCAGCGCUUUGUACUUUAGCAACUCAGCGAUUCCAGAAAGUGUCACAUUGAAGGAGGCACCAGGCUUGGGAACCAUUUGGCUCAACCCGGAGGCCAAGGAGCACCAUCUUUGGUAUACCCAUGGCCAUGUACACCGACGUGUCAUCCUGCAAGGUAUGUCACCAACGCCAGACAUCUUCCUUGACUAUGCUUCCUGUGACACAUCCGCGGGAACCAUUUGCUCCGUUCUGGAGGUUGGGGAGAAGGACGACGCUUGCAUCGCAUCCAAAGAUGAAGCCUGCAAGGUCCAAAUAGCAGAGCGGAUGAAAGAGUUGCAGGACGGCCAGCUGGCAGUGGACUCCCAGAUGAAGGAUGGGGAGGUGGAGGGAGCCUUUUGUUCAUUGGCCGCAGUGGCAUCCAACCGAGAAGACGCCAGGCAAGCACUCUCCUGGCUGAGCGGUCAUUCCUCGGCGCAGUGCAUGUUGAUGAGCUGCAACGCGGAUGAUGACACCUUGCUGGACUAUGAGGCGAUUUAUGCAUGCACAUUGAAGGGAAAUGCCUUCUGGGCGACCAUCCUGUGCCUUCUGCUCUUGUUCUACUAUUUCAUUGUGAUGGGAGUAGUGGCCGAUGGUUACUUGGUGCCUGUGCUGAUCCAAAUUGGCCGUGGUCUCAAGAUGUCUGAUGCCCUGCUUGGUGCCACCCUGCUGGCGUUGGGCGGAUCGGCCAAUGACUUCAUGAUCGGCUUUAUGUCGGCUCUCGCAAACGGUGGCGGCGAAUCAAGUGAGAGUGAUGUUCGACUUUGGCUUGGAGGUGUCUUUGGCACUGGGGUCUUCAUCAACACUUUUGUGGCCUCCCUGGUGUUGCUCUUCGCAGGGUCAGAAGGCAUCCAAGUGAAUCCUUCAGUCCUCACUCGUGACAUCAGCUUCCGCUUUUUGGCAGUUGGUUUGAUGAUCCUCUUCGGAUCCUUUGGGUUUGUCUCCACGUACAUGGCGCUCAUCAUGAACUUGUUCUACGUCCUCUAUGUUUUCCUCAGCCUCCGCGAGUCCCGCCGAGCGCGCCGCGCUUCCGCGGACGCGGCCGUCGGACCCAGCGCGGUCACCGGCGCUCCGGCGCCGCGGCGGGGCUCGUCCUUCAGCGCGGGCUCAGGGCCUGGCAGCUUCGUGGGACGUGGCAGCCGGGUGGCGGUGUCAUUCCCAGCCUUGGCUGGUGAGCCUGUGGCGGAGCCCCCAUCCUUUGCGGCCGACAGCUGGAUGGACCGCUUGAAGCUGCAUGCAGGUUGGGAGGAGGAUGGCGGAGCAAUCGAACGUCUGAGCUUCGCGUUGGCGCUCCCACUGCGGCCGCUCCUUGUGCUCACCAUGGCCACCACCACCUGGGAUGACUUGGUGAAUGUCCUGCUGCCGAUGGGCAUGUGUUUCUUCAUCCCCUUCGGCAUCACUGGGUCACCCACGAGCAAUUUGUACACACAAGCCUUUGAGGUGGAAGACUCGAAAUCGCCGUGGAUGGCACGAGUGACUUUGGUUUUGUUUUGGCUGGUGGGUCUCGCGCUAUCGCUUGCUACCUGGACUACAUCCCGGAAUCUUCCUCCCAAGCAUUAUGUGGCGCAGAUGAGUUUCAACUGGGCCACAUUCCUUACUUCGCUUCUGUGGGUGGCGCUUUUGGCCAACGAAGUCGUGGGUGCCAUGCAGCUCGUGGGAACGAUUAUGGGCUUAGAGCCGAUGCCAAUGGGCAUUACACUCUUGGCCUGGGGCAAUUGUGUGGACAAUGUCUUUGGAUUGUUGGGCCUGGCCAAGGCAGGUGAAUUUCGGGUUGCAAUCACUGGCAUCUAUGCUGGGCCAAUGUUCAAUGUGCUCUUUGGGAAUGGAUCCAUCCUGCUGCUGUCUUCGAUCUUGCAUGGUGGCCGCACUCCUUUCAUGAUGACUCCGUGCGCUUUCAUCCUUCUGGGAUCUCUCGAGGUGAUCCUUCUGGCCACGCUGCUACACAGCAAAGUCUCUGGUUGGCGCAUGACCAGAUCGUUGGGCAUAUUCCUGGGGAUUGCAUAUCCUGUGGUUCUUGUCAUUGGUUUCGCAAUCCAGUAUGGAUUGUAUCCAAGUGAUGCCAACGAAGAUGCCUUGAUUGCAACGUCUUAGGAAAAAGCUGUGCGUUUGCGGCAUUUGCACCAACUUCAGAGGUCAGGACUCAACACCUUUGAGUGAGAUAAGCGGUCGGAUUGGUCCCCAUCGCGUGAAAUUGUUCAGCGACCGGCAAUCUUUUGAGAGUCGAGAUGUAAAGGCAGAGGAGGAGCAGCCGGGCUGUAGCUCUCUACAAUCCGACCUCAAUGUCUCAAUGCCAUUCGAUGUGGUUCAAUGAUGCUUUUUGACCGGCUGAGAGUUAGAUUUGGGCAGAUGAUACGACAACUGCGUAGCAAUUGAAGCAACCCAUUGUCAUUGCAACUCAACCCAUGGAGAUGUUGGCAUUUGAUUCAGUCAGUCAGACAGCAGCAUGACCUAGUUGACUUUCUUUGCCAUGGCGGUGCUGCCCCUGAAGAAUUUGGCCGGUCCUGUCCGGCUGCUUUUCAUUGGAAAUUCCUUGACCUACUGGUCAGGAGGGAUCGAUUCCAUGUUCCGCAACUGGGGAUUCGAGGCGGAAGCCGAGACCAUCCCUGGAGCGACGCUGGCCAGGCAUUGGCGUUCCGGUCAAGCCAAAAGCCGCAUUUUGGAAGGUGCUUGGCACAUCGUGGUGCUGCAAGAUGACUUGCCGGAGUACAAGACACGGGACAAAAGUGUGAGCCGCUUGCAGGUGAUUUGCGAGCAGUUUAAUCCAGUGCUCACCAAAUUCGUGGAGGUGGUGAGAUCCACUGGCGCUUUGCCAGUCAUGUACAUGGCACAUCCUUAUGAGCGCUUGUCUGCAACAACCUUAAGUGAUAUUUGUUUGGCUCACAAGCUGGCUGAGAAAUCGCUCGGUGUUUGGAUUGCUCCUGGGGGAUUGGCACACAGCUUGAUGGAUGAGAGAGCCAAAGAGAUGUCGUUGUUGGAUGAUGAUCUUGAACAUCCUUCACAAGAGGGCCUGUACCUGCACGCGCUGACAAUAAUUAUGGCGUGCUUCGGACAGGACAAACUUGAUGAAGUGCAAUGGGCCCCUGCUUCAAUGACAGAUUCCGUUGUGAGGAUCUUUAAACAGACCGCUAUUGAUAGCCUUGAAUCCUGGCAAACCAUUGAUUUAUCACCCGAUAUUGAAAGGAUAUCGAAAU